AUGGAUGCCAAGAGCUGGCGGACAGAAGCGUGGUCCUUCAGUAGCUCUGGGUCGAGGAGGAGCGGGCAGAACCUGCGAGCUUUACUUAAAGUGAUGCCUUCAGGAUAUUGGGUCAUCAGAUCCCGAAGUGAUUUCUUCAGCUUCAUCAGGUCAGAGCGUGGUUCUGAAGUGACUAACUUCAUCAUGAAGGCCUUCAUCAACGGCAGGAAGCUGUUUGGCACCCCAUUUUACCCUCAGCCUGGAACCGAGCCCGAUUACUUCUUUGACUCAAAGGUGCUGACAGACGGUGAAUUGGCUCCUAAUGACCGCUGCUGUCGGAUCUGUGGGAAGAUCGGUCACUAUAUGAAGGACUGCCCAAAGAGGCGCAGAAUGAAGAAAAAGGAGAACGAGCGAGAGGAUGAGAUCAGGGAGGAGGACAGGGAACCCAGAGAAAGACGCUGUUUUCAGUGUGGCGAUAUGGGUCACGUGAGGAGAGACUGUCCCGAUUACAAACACCUCCGUCAGAGAGGAGCACCCGGACCCGUACCUCACAUGGUCCGGGCCAUGGCGAGCUCUCAGUCCAUCCCCAUUCCUCAAGGUGGUUCGGUCCAGGAGCGGGUCGGCCUGAACAGGCAGCCUUCUGAAUGUUCUGAUACGCGUCAGACUCCUCCGUACUCCCCUCAGCCGUCUCCGUACAGCCAGGCCUCCGUCUCUCCCCAGAACAGCAAGCCUUCCUCUGCAUCCUCUACCUCCUCCACCCUGUCCAAACCCUCCCAACCGCAGCAGCAGGUUCCCCAGGUCCAACUUCCCAUCUUCAGCUUCCCUCACUCCCACCCGGGCCAGUAUCACGCUGGGCUCUCUGAGCAGCCGCCCCUGACCUCGCCCUCCUGGCCCAUCCACGGCCCUCUCAUCCAGGGCUCCGGGGCGCCCAACGCCUCCGGCCACCCGUCCUCUCCGGGCCUGAAGUUUGCCGUCCAAGGUGGCAGUGGAAACGGAGGCGGGCAGGCUGUGAAUCCCGCCCCCAUGAACCUGAAUGACCCCAGCAUCUUCUUCGCACAGCCAUCGGCGGGGCGGGUGGCUGGUGGAGUGGGCGGCCUGGGCAGAGAAAGGGGGCACCCCUGGCACAAUUACCAUCUCAAUCCGGGGCCACUGGUGGGAAAUGGCACAGUAAACAAGACAGAUCCUAAUUUCCCAUCUCAGUUUGGGGGUGUGAGUCCGGGCUCUCGAUCCUGGGAGCACGGCGGUGCUGCUCCGUAUUCCCUGUCUCCAUCCUUCAUGCCCUACCGUCUGCCACCCUACCUGCAGCAGCCCAACAAACCCUUCAUCUCACAAGGUUCUGUGGUGGCAAAUCAACAUUACCCGCUUAUUCAACACGGCCGGCAUGGCAAUCUCAACUACAUUCAGCAGAAGAAAUGAAGAAAAGACACUUUACUUUGUAAACCAAUGCCCAAGGUCCUUAUAGAAAAAAGACUAACUUUGCAUCAUUUGGUCAUUUGGAAACUUUUUAAAAUGGAUUUUAUCGUUUUUGUACAGUUUUUAUGUUUUAUUUUCCUUUUAUUUCUCUGUGUGUAUCAUCACAUUGAUUUGUGAUACAAAAUGUCAAAUAUUUUAAUACCCCUAUUUUUGGAGGGGUCCAAAAAAGUGUUUUUAUUUUAUGUGUAAAAUAAGGAUUUAAAAUGUAUUCACUUUAUUUUUAUUAGCCGUAUUCCUAUUUUGCUUGCAUAAGGACAAAGGCUUUAGAUAGGAAAAUCAAACAUAACAACCCAAUAAGACAAUUAUGUAGUGCCAAAAUCUUCCCUAUAGCAAACCAAAAAAAAAACAG